AUGACUGAGCAGACGGCAACGUCCAGCGGUCACUGGACCAAAAGAGUCCAAGAAAUCGUGCUCUCGUUUUCUGCCGAUUCCGAUUGCCCUUUCGUAGUCGCCGGAGGUUCGGAAAAUGCCCCUUUUCCGAUCGUCUCGUGUCUUCGCAACGACCUCCUGACGUACCUCAACGAAAAUGACCGCAUUUCGAACGGAUACAUUGUUCUGGAGGUUCAGGGCCGAAAGAUGGCCGGUCUGACAAGCUAUGAUGCCCAGAAAUGGUUGAGAAAUUGCUGCGUUCGCGGAUGA